GGCAUUCAACGAUUUGUUUGUGGUGCUCUUGGUCCUACCAACCGUACUCUUUCACUUUCUCCUUCAGUAGAAAAGCCUGAGUAUCGAAACAUUUCAUUUGAUGAGCUUGUUCUAAGCUACUCAGAACAAGUGAAAGGACUUCUCGAUGGUGGGGCAGAUAUCCUCAUCAUUGAAACAAUUUUUGAUACAGCAAAUGGAAAGGCUGCUAUAUUUGCAAUUCAAAGUGUUUUUAAGGACUUGGGUCGAUCAGUGCCAGUGUUUGUGAGUAUAACUCUAUAUUUGUAUUUUCAUUAUUUCGUGCUUGCUUAACUUUCACAAUCUUGUGGAAAAAGAUUGGUGUUGUUACUUUUUGUCAAUACAUAUUAACCCUCGGCGCGCAUGCGCAGUGAGGGUUGCAGUACUUGGUUUCUCUGUCUGUUUGUCGGCGCCUACAGGCCACGAGAUGGCCUGUAAGCGAUACCAAUGAAACGAAUGCAUUCGAGAGCGAUAAACUAUCAUGGUCGCAGACUGCGUUGUGUGUCCCAACCCAUC